GUAAUAUUUCCCAUGAUGCUCCCGAAUCCGGAAGUUAGUGACAACAUGCAUGGUGACCUCUCCGCCCAUCUGCACACUGAUGAGUGCAACCGACUUAUCCAAGCUCUACAGAAGUGUCACAUAGAAAACCCGUAUGGAAAAUUCUUUGGGAAGUGCAACGAGCAGAAUGCCUUGAUGGAUAGAUGCCUUGCACAAGAGAGAGAAGACAACAGAAGGAAGAACAGAGAAAAAACUCAGGACAAGAGGAAGAAAAUGCUAGAGGCAUUACAAGCAAAAAAAGCUGAAGGGAAUGUUAGAUAAUCGAUAUUUUUAUUACAAUAAUACAGAUUUUAGUACACAACUGUUCACAUCUUCAAAAUGCAGUGGUUAAUCGGUAAUAUAGUCAUAGAUUGAACUUUUGUCAUUGCACAUUCAACUGAAAGUAAAAUAUUAUUUUACUUGAGAUGUACUCAGGGCACAGACUAUUAUUAUACACUUCCUGGCAAGAUAGACCAAUUGAUGACAUCACAUAUCCGCAAGAUCACACGUUAAUAAAAUCACAAGUCUGCAACUCUCGCAAGCUACAGUAUGUUCUGAAGUGAUUGGUCAUUAGUAUUGAUCAUAAAGAAGGAGAUAGCGGCCGUUAAAAAUUUGAUCCGCAUAUACCUUUGUCUUAGUUUUUUUUUAGAAGAAAGUUAAGCUUUGUAUUAUGAUUGCUACCAACACCAAGAGCUUCCAAUAUGAUUUAACUUGUUGAGAAAAAAGAAGGUUUUGUA